AUGUCAAAGAGAACAAUCCAUCAAUACAAAGAAGAGCAAUUAUCACAAGCUAUGGCGGCGAUGAGGAAUGGGAUGAAAAUUAGGGAAGCCAGUAGAGUGUUUAGCGUUCCGCGGGGGACACUACAAGAUCGGCUACAUUUAAGGGUACCAGAUUUACCUCGUAAAAUGGGACCAGAUUCAGUGCUGACAAAAACAGAAGAAACUGUCUUGACAUACUGGUGUAUAGCUUUAGCAAAAUGUGGCUUCCCUUUAAAAUGUGAUGAUCUCCUUAAUACCGUUCAUAAUAUUAUUUCUGAAGAUAAUAGGCCAAACCCAUUUGUAAAUAAUAGGCCGGGGAAAAAAUGGUAUCAAUCAUUUCUGAGACGAAAUCCCGAGUUAAGUGAGAGGACACCCGAAAAUAUAUCUAAUGGUCGAGCAGCUGUAACCGAAGAAGGUAUUCCCAAGUGGUUUGCUGAACUUGUAAAGCAUUUAGAAGACAUAAAUGCGAGUAAUAUUUUGACCGACCCUGACCGAAUAUUUAACGGUGAUGAAACAAGUUUUCAUAUAUGCCCCAAGACUGGAAAAGUCAUUGCCCCAAGAGGAUACAAAAAUGUCUACAAAAUUGUAAAAGGCAAAGAAAAAGAGGCUGUUACUGUCCUCGUAUUUAUAUAUAUAUGUUAUAUAUGUCCUCGGCUUCUGGGAAAGUUUUGCCUCCUUGUGUAG